UUCACCUUCAAGGGAAAGUGUUCAACUUUCAAAGCAUUCUUACAGAGAUUUCUGCAUAAUUUUGAUCAUAAACACAAGAGAUUGAUAUGUCGACUGCUGGUCAGGUUAUUCGCUGCAAAGCUGCGGUGGCGUGGGAAGCUGGAAAGCCACUGGUGAUGGAGGAGGUGGAAGUGGCUCCUCCUCAGGCUAACGAAGUUCGUCUCAAGAUUCUGUUCACUUCUCUUUGUCACACCGAUGUCUACUUCUGGGAAGCUAAGGGACAGACACCGUUGUUCCCUCGGAUUCUUGGGCAUGAAGCUGGAGGGAUUGUGGAGAGCGUUGGUGAAGGUGUGACUGAUCUUCAACCAGGAGACCAUGUUCUUCCCAUCUUCACCGGAGAGUGUGGGGAUUGCCGCCAUUGCAAGUCCGAGGAAAGCAACAUGUGCGAUCUUCUAAGGAUCAAUACCGAGAGAGGAGUCAUGAUCCACGACGGGAAACCGAGGUUUUCGAUCAACGGGAAACCCGUCUACCAUUUCCUCGGGACAUCCACUUUCAGUGAAUACACAGUUGUUCACUCUGGUUGUGUUGCCAAGAUCAACCCCAAUGCCCCUCUUGACAAAGUCUGUGUUGUCAGCUGCGGAUUAUCAACCGGUCUUGGUGCUACCUUGAAUGUUGCUAAGCCAAAGAAAGGUGACUCGGUCGCCAUCUUCGGGUUGGGAGCCGUUGGCCUCGCUGCUGCUGAAGGUGCGAGGAUUUCCGGGGCUUCGAGGAUCAUCGGUGUCGACCUGAACCCGAACAGAUUCGAAGAAGCUAAGAAGUUCGGUUGUACGGAGUUUAUCAAUCCAAAGGACCAUGACAAACCUGUUCAACAGGUGAUUGCUGAGAUGACUAACGGAGGAGUUGAUCGAAGCAUCGAGUGCACCGGAAGCAUCCAGGCCAUGAUCUCCGCAUUCGAAUGCGUCCACGACGGAUGGGGUGUUGCGGUGUUGGUGGGUGUCCCCAACAAAGACGACGCCUUCAAGACUCAUCCGGUGAAUUUCCUCAACGAGAGGACCCUUAAAGGCACAUUCUUUGGGAACUACAAACCAAGAACUGACAUUCCCGGGGUCGUGGAGAAGUACAUGAACAAGGAGCUUGAACUGGAGAAAUUCAUCACACACACAGUCCCGUUCUCAGAGAUCAACAAAGCUUUCGAUCUCAUGCUGAAAGGAGAGGGCUUGAGGUGUAUCAUCCGCAUGGACGGCUGAUUGAAUUCUCUGAUCUUUUGAUGAAUCUGUGGAUUCUGGUUUCUGGGUUUCUCAGAUCUUUGGGUUUUUUUUUAUAGUGAAUUAAGGAUUACAAAAAAAAAAAAGCUCAAGAGCUUCCUGUUCCUGAGCUGUCGUAUUUGUGUAUGUUCUGUUUUAAUUAUGAUCAUGAGAAACCCUAAACUCUUA